UAAAUUAUGGUCGUAUAUUUCAAAAAUAAUCUCUCUCCCUCUCUCUAAGGAGUAAGAAAAAAAAACCCUAACCCGUGCUCUCUCUCUAAAAUCUGCUCUAAAUCUGGUUCUAUCGUCCUAGAUUCACCGUUUUUGAGUGUGGUUUGCGUUUUGCAUGGUGCAAAACCGAACCUAGACUUUGAGAUUUCGAACGAUCUACGGACAGAGGGACACACAGGGUAACAGAGAAACGAUGGCUACUUCUGCGGACAAGGAGCUAGAGAGGCAGCUAUUUGAAGCGGGAAAUCGAUUGGCUGACCCUCCUUCUUCCGUUGAUGAACUCCUUGCACUCCUCGAUCAAGUUGACAAAUGCCUAGCCAAGGUUGAGCAGUCCCCAGGGGAAUCAAUGCAGAAGGCACUUGCACCGUCGUCGCCAGCCUUGGUUUCUGAUAAGCUAUUUCAGCAUCCAGAUGUUGAUGUCAAAGUUUCUGUUGCAUCUUGUAUUAGUGAGAUUACUCGAAUAACAGCACCUGAAGCUCCAUAUGACGAUGAGCAAAUGAAGGAAGUUUUUCAGCUCAUCGUGUCAUCGUUUGAAAACCUAUCUGACAAAUCUAGUCGAUCAUAUGAAAAGAGGACCUCAAUUCUUGAAACUGUGGCAAAGGUGAGGUCAUGUGUCGUAAUGCUGGAUCUCGAAUGUGAUGAGCUGAUUGUUGAGAUGUUCCAGCAUUUCCUAAACUCAAUCAGGGACCACCAUCCUGAAAAUGUGUUCUCAUCGAUGGAGAUCAUUAUGAGUCUUGUCAUAGAGGAAAGUGAAGAAAUCAGUAUGGAGUUAUUAUCUACAAUGUUGGCUAGCCUAAGGAACAAUGAGGAGGUUCUGCCUAUUGCUCGGAAGCUUGGAGAGAAGGUGCUUGAAAGCUCUUCUACUAAGCUUAAACCGUACCUGAUACAAGCAGUGAAAACCUUGGGCAUUUCUUACAAUGAUUAUAGUAAAGUGGUCGCUACUAUAUGUGAAGAGAUAUCUGGAGAUGACCUGAAGGAUGUCCAUGAUGCUGACGAACAUACGGCUGGUGAGAGCAAGAUGUUGAAGGCGCCAUUGGAUGACGCGAAGCAGGCUAACGAAGGGAUGGAAAGAGAAGCACCAUCUGUUGAGCAGGGGACAGAAGCUGAAGAACCAUCUGUUGAGCAGGGACCAGAAGCUGAAGCACCUUCCGUUGAGCAGGGAACGGAACCAGAAGUGCCAUCUGUUGAGCAGGAGAUGGAUACAGAAGCGCCAUCUGUUGAGCAAAGUAGUCCUACAAAUGACAUGGCUUCCAAGCCUGUUGAGGCAAAUGGUAUUCCACAAACAGGUGAAGACGAGUCCUUGGUUGGUCCUGAUUCCUCAGAGAAGCAGGAAGCUGCCCAGCAAAAAGAACAGCCAAAAGCUAUUGAUGGGUUGACUGAUGAUGGACCUGGGAGCUUGGAUGUAGAGAAGGUAGUCAGCCCGGGACAUAAUCGAGAGCAAGCUAGCAAGAGAAAAGGACGGAAGCCUAACUCAUUGAAAUUAGCAGAACCUUCUGAGAUUUCUCAAGCUACUGGUGAGAAGGAAGCUGAGGAUUUUCCAGACCAUGAAAGUCAGAACCUUGAUAUAUCCUGUGAAUCUAGCAAGGAUCCAUCUGUUGAUCCAGUUUUACCUUUAGAAAAUGAAAAAGUGACUGAUGUUCAACUGUCCUCGCAAAAGGUUGUAGAGGGCGAAACCAUAAAUGCGUCUUCUUCACCAGCCAAUGGUAGCAUCGCUGAUGAUAGUCGUUCUAGAAAGACUGGGAGAUCCAAGAAGAAUGAAGGAUCUGUGCCUGCUGAGGAUGUGCUUAAAAAGGCAUCUGAAGAAGCUAGUGACACAGAGAAUAAAGAAAGUCGUUCUAGAAAGACUGGGAGAUCCAAGAAGAAUGAAGGAUCUGUGCCUGCUGAGGAUGUGCCUAAAAAGGCAUCUGAAGGAGCCAGUGACACAGAGAAUAAAACACAUAGGCGUUCUGGGAAGAAGUUGCGUACUGGAUCCUCUAAAGAGGCUGAAGCACCACUCAUUGGAGAUGUACCUAAGAAGGGAAGUGGCACGACAAAUGAGUCUGAUGGUAAACCACUUAAACAUCCAGCUAAGAAGAUAGAUGCUGAAGGUAUAAUUGGGGAAGGGUCGACUCCUUUUCAGACGGGAAAUAAGAAAAGGCAGGCCAAAGCAAUUUUGGAAAAGGGUUCAACAAAAGAUGAGGAAGUUGCUUCUCUGAACUCAGCUGAACUGCUGCUUAAGGAGAGUCCAAAAACAAAUUCCAAAAGGAAGCGCACCCCGGGGAAAGAAAAGGAACUUGGUGAUGUGGGUUCUGGUGAGGAGUUGAUUGGUAAGAAGAUCAAGGUCUUGUGGCCUUUGGACAAGAAGUACUAUGAAGGAGUCAUUGAUUCUUUUGAUUCUGUGAAGAGAAAACAUAAGGUUGUAUACGUUGAUGGUGAUGUUGAAGAACUAUAUCUGAAAAAAGAGAAAUGGGAGAUCAUUUCAGAUUUAUCUGGAUCUGAUGGGGAAGAGAAAGCUGAUCAUCCAACACCUGAUGCUUCGUCUGAGAUGCCCCUCAAGAAGAAACUGAAGGCAAAUUCUGAUCAGUCAACUAAGCAUGGAAAAUUGGAUGUCUCACAUAAAAGGGUUGGAAGUGCUUCCUCCAGCAAAUCCAAAGGGGCAGGAACAAAAUCUGAUCACAAGUCCAAGGAUGCUGGCAAAGCUGACAGCAAAUCCAAAAAGGACCCUAAACAGUCCGAUGAUGAUGAUGAUGAUGAUGUUGUGGGAAAAUUUAAGGAUGGUACCCCAAAAGGUUCGAGCAAAUCCAAGAAGGAUGACAGAGCCACUCCCAAGACUAACAAAUCAAAGGAAGAGAGCUCUCUCUCGUUGAAAACCUCAAAAUCCAAAUAUGACACAGCGAAGACUGAUAAGUCCAGGCAAGAAGACCCCAAGGGAAGCUUCAGUGGCAAGGGGAAAACACCAAAAACUGGUGAGAAGUCUAAUGCUAAUGGCAGUGGCAAGGUGAAAUCUGGUUCAUCAAAGGUGAAAGGUGGCGAGGAUGCAAAGGACAUCACCACUGAUACUGCAAAGAUUGUCGAAAGUUCCAAAGGAAAGUCAACAAGCUCAUCAAAGGUAUCGGGAAAACGUCGAAGAGGAGCCUAGGUUUAAUGUCCUGGUCUUUACAACUUUUAUUUUUCUCUAAAUCGUUUAGGAACCACCUCUCUUUUUUAUUGCAGCUUUGUUCUUGCACAAGUGCUGCAAUCCACAGUAAGCCAUGGGUUCGUUGAUUAGCAUUAGCCUUGUCAUGUCAGUCUAGUUUAUAGAUGGUCGUAAGUUAGUUUUUUGCCCUCCAUUGUUGUGCCUAGCUAUUUAUUUAUUUUAUUUUGGGGCACAUUAAAUACAUUGGAUUAGUUUUUAUUUUAAGAAGAAACCUAUUUUCAUUUGUGAUAUCAGAUUUACCAGAUGGGGUAUUGGAUUGA